UCCGUAAUCUGAGGGCGAUCAUAUAAUAUGUAGAAAUGUUUGAUAGAGAGGACAGAGAAGUUUUAUAACUCGCCUCAUGAAUAAUUAAUGAGCUCCAUCAAACUGCCGCGUCACGGAUCGACUCUGAUUUGCAUACACUGACUGGAGCGAGCGCGCGCGCGCCCGCGGAUCUGCUCGCCUCGGGUAACGCGACUGGAUGCCGUGAACGGUUUUUGAAGCUGAUGUCAAGAAAAUAUAAAGAAGCACGCUGGUGAUGAUGAAGACGAGGAGAAUCGUCGCGGAUUCCUGAUGGAGGCAAUGAACGAAGAAGAAGCGCGCUGAUGCGAGGAGCAGAAACUGAGCUUUGAUCCGACACAGAGAGGGCAAAUGGUGUACUUCCUCUCCGCGGAGGGCAUAAAGCCCUCGUUCCACUCCGCUGUCCUCUUCAACCCCGCCAUCAACUACUCCACCAGGAACGAGUCCUCCACGCUGACGCCCGUCGUCUGCCGCCUGGACGCCUCCUCGUCGGCCGCCUCGCCGCAGAGCAACGCCUCGCUGACGUCGUACGACCUGUCGCCGGCGGAGGUCACGCUCCUCGGCCUCGUGUUUGGGGUGUUCUGGGUCAUAUCGGUGCUGGGGAACUCGCUAGUGUGUCUGGUGAUCCAUCGGAGCCGCAGAACCCAGUCGACCACCAACUAUUUCGUGGUGUCGAUGGCAUGUGCGGAUCUGCUGCUGAGCCUAGCCUGUGCGCCGCUAGUUCUCCUGCAGGUGUCCGCCGGGCAGUGGCCUCUGACCGCCGCCGCGUGCAAAGCCGUACGAUACUUGCAGCACCUGUGCCCCGGCGUCCAGGUCUACGUGCUCCUGUCCAUCUGCGUGGAUCGCUUCUACACCAUCGUGUAUCCGCUGAGCUUUAAAGUGUCGCGCGAGAAAGCCAAGCGAAUGAUUCUGGCGUCUUGGCUCUUUGACGCCGCGUUCGUGUCGCCGUGUUUGUUCUUCUACGGAUCGUCGGCGACGCAGAACCACUGCGACUUCUUCCUGGUGGACAGCUGGGACGGUUUGGCGUUCGCCGUCGCGCAUCUUCUGUUUGGUUUCUUGGUGCCGGCGCUGCUCAUCGUGUCUUUCUACCAGCGGGUGGUGCGCUACAUCUGGAGGAUCGGCGCUGACGGGCGAACGGUGCGCAGGACCAUGAACAUCGUCCCCCGGACUAAAGUCAAAACCAUUAAGAUGUUCCUGAUGCUCAACGCCGUGUUCCUCCUCACCUGGACGCCGUUUUACAUCGCACAGCUCUGGCACCCGACGGAAACGACGGGCCCAAGCCGGCGGUCGGCGCUGUUUUUCGUUGCUGUGGCCUGGAUCUCCUUCAGCUCCACGGCGUCUAAACCCACGCUGUACUCCGUGUACAAUGCCAACUUCAGACGCGGCAUGCGAGAGACCUUCUGCAUGUCGUCCAUGAAGUGCUAUCGCAGCAACGCGUACACCAUCACCGCCAGCUCGCGGAUCGCCAAAAAGAACUACGUGGGCGUGGUCGAUCUGCCCGUGCCGGCAAAGACGCUCAUCAAAGACUCGGUUUAUGACACUUUUGACCGGGAAGCAAAGGAGAAGAAGCUAGCGUGGCCUAUUAGCUCCAACCCACCCAACACCUUCGUAUAAAGUCUCAAACUAAAGUUGAAGAGGUAGCUUGCCCGAAAAUGACAAUGCUGUCGUCGUUUACUCACCCUCAGGCUUUUUCGAACCCGUAUGAGUUCACACAAUUUAUUUUUCCAUUCCAUUCCAUGUGCUACUUUUUUAUUGUUGGAGUAAAGGCGUGCUAGACGGAUGCGUAUGACUGUUACACUGCUUUUUAUGAUGGCGUGUUAAAAGAAUUAAGUUGUUUACAUGCAGCUCAUCAGUGUCAGUUCCAAAAUGGGGGACCAAUCAGACGAGUGCGGAGGCGGGGCAACUGUUGCAUGGCAACUGUUUUAUUAGACAGCAACGUGAUGGAAGAGGCGUUCUGCACUGCGCUUAAAAAAAAAAAAAGAAAAUUCUUAAAGGACUAGUUCACCCAGAAAUUAAAAUUACACAGUAAACUACUCACCCCCAAGCCAUCCUAGUUGUAUAUGACUUUCUUCUUUUAGACAAAAAAUUUGCGCUGGUAAGAUAGCACCCAUUAUUUAUAUUUAAGCUCCGUAAAUCAGAUUAACUAACCUAUACACUCUCAGUGUGUUAUCACAUGUCCUCUUAAGCAGAUCGAUGGGUUUUUGUAACAGAGAUAUUUUUAGUUUUAAAAUUAUGAUGUAAAUAAGCGAGUUCUGGCUUCUUGGCUGAUUUAAGUAAGGUGCGUCAUUCAUCGGGUCAUAGGUCAGCCAGUCAUAUUUACAACUAGUAUGAUUUUUCUUACAAAAACCCACUGAUCCGCUUCAGAGGACAUGUGAUAACCCCUCGAGGACGUAUAGGUUAGUUUAACUUUGCAGCACUCACGUAUAUGCUUCAUAAAAAUGCGUUAUUAAGCUUGGAAGAGCCAGUCAUAUACACCUAGGAUGGCUUGGGGGUGAGUAGUUUAUGCUGUAAUUUUCAUUUUUGGGUGAACUAGUCCUUUAAAGUGCUGUGAUUUUUAGACACAAAAGACACGGCCACUUUCAAAAUAUAUUUAGAAAAAUAAUGGCCUCAUUGACUUCCAUCGUGUUUGUUGGUCACAUGGGUACUGAUUCUUUUCGUGUUCAGCAGAAACUUUUCUAAUUAAAAUGUGCAUUGAUAAGGUUAGGGUGAGUAAACGAUGACAAAAUGAAGAUUUUGGGGUGACUGAUUCCUUCAGCUCAUUAUGACACGUGGGUGAGUAAAUAACGAAUAAGCGUUAACUGCGGUUGCACCACGAGUACACCCUACAGGAACGACAAGACUAAACGAAAUCUGUUGAAAUGCAAACAACGCGGUGCUAACUAGUUCACUUACUCGCUGAUGAUACUGGAGGAAGAUUACAAAACACCCUUAUCGUCACUGCUGUGAUCCGGUGGAAGGAAAGUGUUGAUCGUCAUGUGUUCUUCUGUUUGUGUUUCUGAUCGGUCUGUGGUCCUACGGUGGCCUGGUGGCUCCAAACAGGGUUCAUGUUAAGAUGUGUUUGUGUUUUUGUGCCUGUAGUUACGGAUACAUUUUGUCUUAUAGUUUUGUGUGUCAUUUCAUGAUGCAAAACAUACAUGUCCCUGUGAUUUUACAAUUAAACAUUCUGUAUGGUUUAAAUG